GAACUUCCGGAGCAGUUUACACUCACAGGAAGAAGAGGGUAGCUGUUUGAAAGAUGGCGGCGCCCACACAGAAGAAUAACAAACCGGGGAAACCUGGAGGCAAAGAGGCUCAGCCUCUCAUUAUCGCCAAAACACCGGCGGAGGAACAGCGUCUGAAACUGGAGAAGUUGAUGCGAAACCCAGAAAAGCUCGCUCCUAUCCCAGACCGACCCAAAGAAUGGAACCCGCGAGCUCCGCCGGAGUUCGUCCGGGACGUGAUGGGCUCCAGCGCGGGUGCAGGCAGCGGAGAGUUCCACGUUUAUCGCCACCUCCGCCGCAGAGAGUACCAGAGACAGGACUUUCUGGACAAGAUAUCAGAGAAACAAACUAAGGACGAGGAGUACCUGGAAAAACUGGAGCGGAACAAACAGGCCGCCGAAGAGAGGACGGCGAAGCGGCGGAAGAAGCGAGAGAAGAUGAAGCAGAAGAAGCUCCUGGCGAAGAAAGCUAAACUUGAAGCUAAAAGCAAAAAGGAGGGAGACGACAAGAGCUCCGAGAGCGAGGAAGACGACAGCAAGGAUGAGGAUGAGGAAGACGAAAGAGAAGCUGAGGAUGACGCAGAAGCGCCCAGCUUCAUCAUGGGGAAGAAAUGAACCCGUGAAACGUUGAAACUCGUCGCAGAUGGACACACCAGCGAUACUUAAUGCCUUUGAGAAUAGAAGAGAUGAUCUGGACCUUGUGUGGUGAGCUCUGCAAACAAGACGGUGGAACUGACCUGCUGCAAGGAUUAAAAACAUUUGUCAUUCAUUCGCAGAGACACUUGGACUGCCUAGUUUAGUAGGCAAGAGAAUCCACCGAGGGAAUGAUUUUUCAAAGAGAAAUUGUUUAGUGUAGUUAUUCGUUCCAGAAUCACACGUGGAAGCCUUGUUGUUAUAUUUUAGUAUGAUUGAGUUUAUCUGCAGGGAAAUCCAGCCUCGGUUUUAAGUUAGGAAUUUUAACAGUAUUUGGAAAUAAUCUAUAUUUCAAUGUGCUAAAUGUUUUUGAAAUAAAACUGAAUAAUAAAAA